UGUUCUUGAGGCGGGGACUCUGGGGCUGGGCUUGAGGCAAAGGGAGGACGGAGGCCCGGCCCUCUCUGCUCAGCGCAGGCCUGGUUUCCCUGCUCCUUCUGGUGCUAGGCCUCCCUCGCCUUCGUCAUCAUGGCCUCCGUCGCAGCCGCAGCCUCGGCCGCCAAGAAGCUGGUGGUGAAGCAUGUGACGGUGAUCGGGGGAGGCCUGAUGGGGGCAGGCAUCGCCCAGAUUGCUGCAGCCACUGGCCACACGGUGAUAUUAGUGGAUCAGUCAGAUGAAAUAUUAAAUAAAUCCAAGAAAGGAAUUCAAGACAGUCUGAAAAAAUUGACAAAGAAAAAGUUUGCAGACAAACCUGAGGCUGGUGCAGAGUUCAUUGAAAAAACUUUGAAGAAUAUCACCACAAGCACAGAUCCAGUUUCUGUUGUACAUAGUACUGACCUUGUAGUGGAGGCCAUUGUGGAAAAUCUUUCAGCAAAAAAUGAACUCUUCAAGACACUGGAUAAGUUUGCACCAGAGCAUACAAUAUUUGCUAGCAACACUUCUUCCUUGCCAAUCACAGAUAUAGCCAAUGCUACUACCAGGCAGGACCGGUUCGGUGGCCUCCAUUUCUUUAAUCCAGUGCCUCUGAUGAAACUUGUUGAGGUUGUCAAGACCCCUAUGACCAGCCAGAAGACUUUUGAGUCUCUCAUGGAUUUCAGCAAAAUAUUAGGGAAGAUUCCAGUAGCAUGCAAGGACACCCCAGGCUUUAUUGUGAACAGGCUCCUUGUACCUUACCUUAUGGAAUCUGUUCGGCUCUUUGAAAGGGGAGAUGCAUCAAAGGAAGAUAUUGAUGUUGCUAUGAAGCUGGGGGCAGGCUAUCCCAUGGGCCCAUUUGAACUCUUGGACUAUGUUGGCUUGGAUACGAGUAAAUUUAUUAUGGAUGGGUGGCAUUCAUUAGAGCCAGACAACCCCCUCUUUGCUCCAAGCUCAUUGCUGAAUCAACUGGUAGAUGAGAAGAAAUUGGGAAAGAAGACUGGUGAAGGAUUUUACCAAUACAAAUAAACCGUAUUUUUCUUGCCUGCAUGAGGACAAUUCCUUUGCCACUUCAUAUUUCUAUACUGUGCUUGGAAUUCUGCUUAAUCGGGGCCUUAAAAAUCAGUCCUUGUUGACUGCAGUGUCUUCACAGGAAUUGUUUUUUUCUUGGCUAAUGAUUUAUUCCUUUGAUCUGUAAUUCUUAGAACUUUACACUCUCAAGUGCCUUUCUUCUUAAGCUGCCUUUUGUUUAGGCUGAAGACACUGUCUCAAACACAAAACAAGGUUUGGAGUAUUGGUUCUUAUCAGAAUGUUGAACCAUGAAACAUUUUAAUGCAAAUAAAAAGAGUAUCAGGAUCACCUGGAAAUGGAAUAAAUUACUUUUAAUUUGCAUUGAUUUUGAUCCAGUAGGUGGCAGCAUGAUACUUACGAAUUUAUAGCUGGAAUAGGAAUUUUGUAUGUCAACCAUAGUAUUUUUAUUCAAUGCCAAAAUAUGUGCACUGGUGUAAAUAAAUCAGCAUCUAUAUUACA